AUGACGGGAGUGAAGGUACGUAGAAGGCCCUAUUUUCCUCUGCCACUCUCAAUCCUCCCAGUUCGCAGUUAUCUUCUUGAGGAUUCCGUCCUUCCUCACCCAUUCUCUGCCAAUGCUCCGGCGUAUUCCGCCACUACUCCCACCUUCACUGAAAACUGGGAGAAUCCGCCGAUAUUGGACGCUGCUGCCGCCAGUGGAGUCGUAGGGGAGGCGAAGGCAGAGCCCCAGGAGGCCGCGGGGCCGGAGGAGUUGAGGAGGUACAGAGGAGUGCGGCGUAGGCCGUGGGGGAAAUACGCGGCGGAGAUAAGGGAUCCGGCGAAGAACGGCGCCAGAGUGUGGCUGGGGACCUACGAGACUGCGGAGGACGCUGCGCUGGCUUACGACCGAGCCGCCUUCCGGAUACGCGGCUCUCGCGCGAUCCUCAAUUUUCCUCUGCGGAUUGGGUCUGGCGAGCCAGAGCCGGUGAGAAUCACCACCAAGCGCCGCUCUCCGCAGCCGUCAUUGUCGGCCGCGGCGGCAGCAGCCCUCAAGCGCAGAAAGGGCGAAGUGGAUUCGACGGCUGAAAUGGAGGCGGCUACAGAAAGUGUAGUAGAUGUGUUCCAAUUGCAUCAACUAUGGGUGAACUCGUAUUAUGAAGAAGAUCAGCUAACGGAGUCGCACUUCCAUUUUUUUUUUUUUCUAUUUCUUUAACUCGUGAUCUGUAAAAUUAAAUAUAAAAUAAAACG